AUGAAAAUCCUAAGUUGGAACUGUAGGGGGCUUGGGAACCCCCAAACAGUUCAAAUCCUUGAUGUGUUGAUCAAGGAAAAGAAGCCCGAUUUGGUCUUUCUUAUGGAGACCAAGUUAUCGUAUACAAAAGCUAGCAGGAUAUCGAAGAGGUUCAGGUUUCAAGGUAGUGUAGUAGUAGAGGCAGUGGGAAGAGGAGGGGGUCUUAUGCUCAUGUGGAAGGAGGAGAGUUUGGCAGAGCUCAUCAAUUACUCUCAACACCAUAUUAAUGUGAGUAUAUGGGAUGAAUCUAUUAGCAAGAGAUGGCUGCUAACUUGUUUCUAUGGCCAUCCUGUUUCAAGCUUAAGAGAUAAGACUUGGAGCUUAUUAGCAUCGUUUAAGCCUGCAGAUGGGGGAUGGGGUGUGAUAGGUGAUUUCAAUGAGGUCUUGUUCAGUGAUGAGAAGGAAGGAGGAAAGGCUAGGAGUGAGCUUUUGAUGAGACAGUUCAGAGGGGUAAUGGAGGAAGGAAGGUUAUGCGACCUGGGGUGGGUUGGAAACAAGUUCACAUGGAACAAUUGCCAUGAAGAUGAAUCCUUUACAAAAGAGAGAUUGGAUAGAGCUAUAGCAAAUGUUGAGUGGAAAUCUCUAUAUCCAGUGCACUCAGUUGAGACCCUCCCUGCCAUCUGUUCUGAUCACAGCCCAAUAUUGCUAAAUUUCAGUAUUGAGAGGUGCUCAUUUCAAAGAUGGCAUCAUUCCUUCAAGUAUGAGGCAAACUGGAACUUUGAGGAGGGCUGUAGUGAGAUAGUAGCAGAAGCAUGGAACAAACAGAUGGGUGAGAGAAGCAGGAUGGAAGUUCUGAUGGGAAAGUUAGAAUCAACCCAAAGGAAGUUAAGCCCGUGGAGCAGGAACUUGAAUAGAGAGAGGAUGGAAGCUAUUAAAGUUAAAACUCACCAAUUAGAGCUCCUACAGAGGAAUGCAGGGCCAAAGAAUGCGAGAGAACAGAAAAAGCUUCAAGUAGACCUUAAUCUCCUUUUAAACCAAGAAGACAUAAAGUGGAAACAAAGGGCUAAGAGACACUGGUUGGUAGAAGGAGACAGAAACACCAAAUUCUAUCAUGCCUGA